AUAUUCAAGUCGAGAGAAGAAACUGUUUCAGAUUGUUCAGGUUGUCUCUGGGAGUUUUCUAUUCUCUGAUUCUGGCUGGACUCAUGACACGUCGUAAGGAUUUUCAUUUUAACUCAUCAUUACAUGUAAUAAUAUUUUUUAUUUGUCAUUUAAGUAACUUUAUCUAUUAAUUUUUUUAUUAUUUUGUUUUUGUCAGUUUUAUUUGAUAUACACAGUAAAAAAAAGUAAUUCUAUUCUUAACAUGAACGUACAAAAUACCUUCCCCUGAUUCAUAUCAAAUGAUUCUGUGUUCCAGAUCUUCUCGUGUCUUUUGAAAACAACAACAUGAAAAACAGUUUGAAUCAGUUGCAGACUGAACUUUCAGUCAUGACGGUCAACAACAGUCGUCUGCAGGAGGAAACAAACAAGCUGAAAAUUAAAAAUGAAGCCAUGAGUUUUGACAACAGUCGUCUGCAGCACGAGGUGAUGAAGAUCAAGACGGAAGAUAAAAAGUGUCCUAAAGGAUGGGCGAGAUUUGGAUCCAGCUGCUACUACAAAUCUGCUUUCAUUGCAUCUUGGGACAAAAGCAGGAUCAUCUGUCAGAAUCAAGGAUCUGAUCUGAUGAUCAUAAACAGCAAAGUGGAACAGUGUUUCAUCACCGACCUGAAUGAGAACGGAGAAUCCUGGAUUGGUCUGGAAGUUGGAUGGUCGUCACAGAAGAACAAAUAUGGUUGGAUAUGGUUGGAUGGAUCACCACUAACAGAAUCAUUCCAGAAAACAGAGAAUUUACAAGAUCCAACCGAUUACUUCACUGGAGUGUAUUUAAAAGCUGAAGGGAAAUGGAAAAGUCUGCAUAAAACUCAUGAGAAAACCUUCAUCUGUGAGAAGAUAGUGUAGCUUUCUUGUCAUGUCAAUAAAUGGAAAAGAGGGUCCAACUGACUUGUUAAAACGUUUAUUAAUUUAUUUUUUAGUAGCUGUGGCUUUUCAACUUUACAUUUCAGUUGAUUUUACAGUUUUCAUGAGCAGAUGAGGUUACAGUCCAGCCUGUUUGGAGUUCCUUUCCUUUGUAGUUCUUAAGCAAAAAAAUCUUUUUUUUUUUCAUGAAAAAUAUGCUCUUAAAUAAAAUGUAAAAAACACUUUGCACUCCCCUUCUUUUGACCGGUCUCAGCAGGUUUCAGACUAACAGUAAAUGUCAUGUAAACAUGAAGACAUUGUGGUUUUCCUCCUUUGAAGCUGCAGCAAAAACACAUUUAUGACCAAAUUGGUUUAAACCUUCCUGCUUUAAGCUGCUACAACACUGCAGAAAAUUGUGUAUUUUGGGGAGAUUUAAGUUUUUUUUAAGGUUUUUUUUUCUUGCUCUGUUUUUUUUUUCCAUUUGUCAAACCACAAACCACAAAAAAAAAAUUAGUUUCCUUAAUUCUGACACUUUCUCAAGCUGUAGCUGCAAAGUGUAUUUUUCUAGUUGAAUUUAUUCUGAGUCUCUUUUCAUCAUCAGUGCAUGAAAGAGUGAAUGACGUGAGUGUGGUUUGUUCUGCUGCUACUUCCUGUUUGUUUUUUUCUUUCUAUCUGAUCGGUUGGUUUUGAUCUCUAAAGAUGUCGUCAGAAACUGAAGCUGCAGCAGAUUUGAGAGUCAAAUUUAUCAGAAAUCUUCAUCAAGAUGAAAGAGAACAAAGCAUGUGGCUGGAAAUGCCAAAAUAGUCUUAAAAGCUUGCAAAAUGCCAACAUUUAAAGCUUUAA